CCCCACUCCUUCCUUUCGCAUGCAAUCGGCGUCCCCCACUCCUAGGGUAAGGAAGCUGAUGCAGAAGCAGGCGAGGAAGCCGGGGAUGAUGAAGUAGGGCGCAGGGGCAGCUCCAGCCGCACCCCCUACCCCGAGCGCUGAAAAGCCCCGGUGCAGACGGGAGGCGGCAGAGGGGUAAAGCGGAUCCCCUCUCCUCAAGCUCCCCUCCGCCAUGGCCUCUGGGAACAGCAGCGACCCACCAGACCGUCAUCGGCGCAGGACCAGUGAGAGGCUCAAUUCGGAAGAUCAGGUGGCCCAGGAGACCGAGGAGGUGUUCCGGAGCUAUGCCUUCUACCGCUACCAGCAGGAGAGGGAAGAGGGCGGAGGGGAGGUGCCAAUGGACCCCGAGAUUGCAGAGAUCCAGCAGGAGCCGGGCAGCACCAGUAACCAGGUGGGCAGGCGCCUGGCCAUCAUCGGAGAUGACAUCAACAUGCGGUAUGACGCAGAGUUCCGGAACAUGCUGAAGACCCUGCAGCCCACGAAGGACAAUGCCUACGAGUAUUUCACUAAGAUAGCCUCCAGCUUGUUUGACAGCGGCAUUAACUGGGGCAGGGUGAUUGCGCUGCUGGGAUUCGGUUACCGGAUGGCGAUUCAUGUGUACCAGCACGGGGUGACCGGCUUCCUCCGGAGCAUUGCUCGCUACGUGGCAGAAUUCGUGCUCCGCAACCGCAUCGCCCAGUGGAUUGCUGACCAAGGAGGAUGGGUGGCAGCACUGGAGUUGGAUAAUGUUUACGUAUUGUACAUGAUGGGGGUGUUGGUCGUGGUCCUGCUGGGUCAUUUGGUGGUACGACGCUUCUUCAGCCCAUGACUGGAGUGGAGGCCGAGGCCGGCGAUCUGGCCAAACUCUCUCUCUCUCAAUAUUCCACUCCGUCAUAAAGACAUUUACUGAGAGAGGGGGGCUCAGGGAACAAACAAGGGAGAGCAGUUUGGAAAUGAUGACUCCUCUUCGGAGACAGCACCAUCCACGGAGAGACUGCCAUCCGUGGGGAGACUGCCAAGGACUACACAGAGAGGCGUUAAUGGGGGGAUUUUGGGGGGGUGGGGAGGGAUUGAAUUAUCUCAUCCAAAGGUUGAAUGCAGCAGUCAGGAACAUCAGCACGAUGACAUUCCCAGCAUGCAGCGAUGGGCGAGGGUUACAGGCUCCUGCACUGUACAGAAACUGGAGAAGGCCCAUUAGAGGAACAAACAUUGUUAAAGUAAUGCACUUGUCUCCCGCAUCCACUCAGUGGCAUUCUCAAGAGCCCUCCCAGGGAAAGGCACAGAACAUCCUCUAAUGGAUCUCAGCCCAGAUCUCUCCUGCCUUCGCAUAACAGGAUUAUAGCCACAGCCGUUAGUCUCUGCUUGUAAGUCAUUGGAGGGGGUCAGCCAGUGCUGGAGAGUCCAGGGGGGUUUUGCUCUUACCUUCUCUUGCUUCCAGCCUACCAAGCCCAGAUUCUUAGUUUUCCGGUUACUUUAAAAGAACAUCUGUGUCCACCUCUAAACAAAUACAGUGUUUGGUAUGUGACAAUCAUGACUAGAAAUCCAGUUGCCCCCAGACAAAAUGACAGACUGAUCCUGUCAGGAACUGAAUUUGGAGAUCUGCUUUUCCUCCCAGGGACAUCGCAGACUCCUAACAGAGCAGCAUGCUAGGACUGUGCUAGUGGUCCUGGUUGCCAGCCCUUCCUAGGGGAACGCAGAAGCCUGAACUUCAGGGUGGCAGCAGGUGUAUAAGGGAACGGCUGGUUUUCAAACACUAAAAUAUGGUCAGGUUAAAAAUCCUGAGGUAAAUCAAGAGUGAACGUUUUGGGUUGUGAUGCACCAUCCCAAGUCUGCAGUGUUUGGCUUACAGGCACAGCAGAUGAUGGUCUUCAUCCACAAACCUUUCUAUGGAGAAUCCGUCUGGCGGGGCCCCUCUCAUUUGACUCCUGUAUUUCUGUCCGUGAUUGGAGAUUGUAAACUGCUCCCUGUUGGCAGUUAUUCAGAGUGAUGGCAAAGCAGAGCCCCCGCUUUGAAAUCCCCUGAGCUUUUGUGCAGUGAGCGUGGAGUUUCUAAAUCUGGAUCUGAGGCUUGGGUUCAUCUGUGCUUCCCACUUCAGGUUACUGUGUAAAGCUUGCAAACUGUGACUGGAUUUAGGCUGUGUCCACCUGGGCCUCAGACUGGCUUUAGACCCAAUUCCUGCUAACUCCGUUUCUAGCACUGUUCGGUCAGCCAGUGGGGAGGGAGCCAAACUAUCUUCUGGUCAAAGGAGAGUGGGAGAGCCAGUUAUCAGCUAAUAUAUGGCUUCAGUGCCCUGAAGCUGAGGACAUGGCUCUUGUCUAAAGGCUACUGUAGCUAGGGCCAAAGCUACUUAAUUUUAUCCUGGAGACUGGAUAGAAGCACCAUCAGCACUAAGACUAAAAGUAUCUCAAGCGUUAUCAGGGAUUUUUCCAUUCUUGCCUGUGUCGUGAACCUUUGCUGGCUGCAGUGCACAGUUUACUGGAGUAGGAUGGGAGAAGGCAGCUGGGAUGGCUGGUAAAGGGAUGCUGUGAUUACUCUUCUAGGCAGUUGCAGUGGUGGAUCUCGUAGGGAUUGCCAGAGUGCAUCAGACCGUGCCUUGUCUAGUCUGGUAACCUGGCUCAGACGGUGGCCUGGUGCUUCAGAGGAAAGUGAAGGAAGCCCGCCGUAGGAAAACGUGGGGUAAUCUGCCCCCAUGAAGGCCUCAUCCUAAUCCCUAAUAGUUAAGAGAUUGGCUUUAACCCCAAAGCAUGACGUUUAAUAUCCCUUCUGACAUUUGUAUUAGCAUUAAAUGUGGUAAUUCGGUCUAUUCCUGUUAUCCAUCUAAAUUCCCACACCCUCUUUGAAUCUUGCUAAAUGCUAAUCCUCAGCAACAUCUGCACUGGUUCCUCUAUCUAAUUAUAGUCUAUAUGGUAUUUCCUUUUAUCGGUUAGAACGACCCAGCUUUUGUUGAUUGAAUGUCUUCUUGCUCAGGAAAGAAGAACGUUAGCUGCCCUUCUCUAGACCAUUCAGUAUUUGAUAUACUUGUUCUCUUCUAUUUUUCUCCUUUCUAAGGUAAAAUGGUAGCAAACUUCCCCUCAUAGGAGUGUUCUUCCAGGCCCUUGACCAUUCUCUUCACCCGUCUCUGAACCUCCUCUUGUUAUGCAAUAUCCUUUUGGAAAUGGGGUUCCCGGUACUACACACAGUAUCUGCAAACCACAGAUUUUUAAAGACAUUAGAAUAUUUUCCAUGGCGUGCUGCAUCUGACUCCUUAUACAUCCUGCCAUCUUGUUCGCUGUUUUUCACCAGCUACACACUGAGUGAAGGUCUCACUGAGCUGUGACAUCCAGGCCCGUCUCCUGAGUUGAUACAGUUAAUUUGGAACCUUGUACGCUGUAUGAGCUGUUUCCCCUCCCCCCUUCAGUGUGCAUUACGUUGCAGUGAUCAACACUAAGCAUCACUUUCCAUCUUGUUGCCAGUUCAUCUGGCUUGAUUAGGUCCCUCUGGAGUUCUUCGGUGUUCUCUCUGGUCUCGCCUAACCUAAAUAACUGGGUAUUAGCUGCAGAUUUUGCCACUGCAGCGCUUACCCUCUCUUCCAGAUGACACUGAACUCCAGACCUAGUACAGCACCUUGAGGCAUCUGCUGUUAAUCUUGUUGACCCAUGCCAGGGAUUCUUCAUGACUAAUCAGUUUCUUUAAUAGCCUCUUGUGCAAGACCUUGUCAGAGGCCUUUGGAAAGUCUAAAUAAAUUAUGACAACAGGCUCUA